AUGUGGAUCUCUUCGAGACCUCGAACGGGAAUCAGGGUGGACGGACAACCGAUAGAACUCGUCGAUGAGUUCUGUUACUUAGGCUGUACGCUGAAGAAGAAUGGCAGCUACGAGAGAGAUGUUCAGCAAAGAUGCGCUAAGGCCACUUCUGCAUUUAACUCAACGAAAUGUCUGUGGUCGACCCCUAUCACCAGCGAAGUCAAGCUGCGAGUCUACUUAUCCGCAAUUCGCCCCAUCAUGAUGUACGGAUCGGAGACUUGGGCAGCACCAUCAACGGUUUUGGAGAAGCUUGACUGCACGGAACGAAAGCUGCUUAGACGGCUACUUGGCCACUUUUGGCCUAAGUUAUGUCACAAUGAAGUUCUUUACGCAGAAAUUGAUGUGGUAUACCGGCGGAUGACACGUAGAAGACAUCAACAUCUUGCACCGCCAUCAAAAGUGACUAAAGUAAAUCGUCUUCGCUUCUUUGGUCACAUAUUAAGGAGACCGGCAGAUCGCUUUGUUCAACGAGUUCUGAGGAGUUCGCCGGGUUCAAGCUGGAAGAAGCCACCUGGCCGAAAACGGAAGUUCUGGACUGAGGUGGUGAAAGAGGACCUGAGGACACUCGGCGUGGAUAGGCAGUUCAGGCGAGACUUAAGGUUUCGCAGAACAUGGAAUAGCGACGAAUCUAUUGAUUCUGCGCAAGCUCUAGCAGAAAAUCGAGAAGGUUGGGCAGAGUUGUGUUCAAGGACGGCACACCUCGGCGAAGAUGCGAGUAAUCGCGUCAGGCGAUGA